CUCCGGGGUCCUGGCGGGUCCUUCAGCCCUGAGCUGCUCCGUCAGUCUCCUUCCGCUAGCCGAUCAUCGGUCCAAUAAUCGAUCGAUUCGCCGUAAAUCCUGAUCUCACGGACCGGGUCCCGGGAGUUAUGAUGGGCGGAAGGACCAGCGCGUUGGCCGCGGGAGUCUGCGGGGCUCUGUUCGUCGGUUACUGCAUUUAUUUCGACCGGAAGAGACGGAGUGACCCCAACUUCAAGAACAGACUGCGGGAACGGAGGAGAAAGCAGAAGGCCGCCAAGGAGAGGGCGGGCCUGGCGAAGCUCCCAGACCUGAAGGACGCUGAGGCGGUGCAGAAGUUCUUCCUGGAGGAGAUCCAGCUGGGGGAGGAGCUUCUGGCUCAGGGAGACUAUGAGAAAGGCGUGGACCACCUGACCAACGCCAUCGCGGUGUGCGGUCAGCCUCAGCAGCUGCUGCAGGUUCUUCAGCAGACUCUGCCGCCGCCCGUCUUCCAGAUGCUGCUCACCAAACUGCCCACCAUCAGCCAGCGUAUCGUGAGUGCACAGAGUCUGAGUGAGGACGAUAUAGAAUAAGGAGAGGAUCAAACCCCUUCCGUUCGCCCUCCUCUUCCUCACGUGGACUCCUCCUCUCAUUCUGACCUGCCAACGCCUCGGUCGCCAUCACUCCGGCCGACGUCUCCCACUCCCUGUCAAGGCGUCCUUAAGGAAAUUCAUUUUUUUAUUCCUGGUAACUCCGCGACGCUAGAGUUUGUUUUUUUACUUCAGUGACCCGUUUUUGGGGUAUUUCAGGGUCAUCCUCCAUCUUUAGUAGAACCAACAGGACCGGGUGGUGUUGAAGUCAUUGGUCAGCUUCUUCCUUCAGGUGAUGUAGCUCACAUCCCUACAGCGCCAUGUACCGGGUUUACAGCUCUGGUUCUAAUAUCACAGGUACACCAACAGGAAUCUUCAGCGUAUUUAUUCUUUUGUUAUCAGUCUUUCUGUUUGUUUAGAAACACUUUUUAAAAAGUGAUGAAAUGUUUCGUUCAUCGUAAGAGGAAAAUCCUCUUUGGGGAAAAAACAAAUAAAAAGUGAACAACUACA